UCGUUGUGUUAUUGGGGGAGAGAGAGGGAAAACGAAGGAGAAGGAGGGAAAAAAAAGGUUGAUAGGUUUGUGCGCGGGUCCCUCGUGCGGGCUGCGCUCCUCCUGGGUGCUAUUUGACAAUUCCUGCCUCUGCCAUUGGUCAGUGUUGGAUCAGAUGGUUGUAUUUCCUUCUGGCCCUCACUGGCACCUCGCCAUCCCCCCUCAGCUAAAACCCAAUCUCGGAUAUACUACUAAUAGGCGCGGCGCUCGGACUAUAAAACACAACAAAUCAUAAACCCGGCGGAGCAGCAGCGGCCGCGCGCACCUCCCCUCCCAAUGAGUUCCUAUUUCGUGAACUCCACCUUCCCCGUCACUCUGGCCAGCGGGCAGGAGUCCUUCCUGGGCCAGCUACCGCUCUACUCGUCCGGCUAUGCGGACCCGCUGAGGCACUACCCGGCGCCCUACGGGCCGGGGCCGGGCCAGGACAAGGGCUUUGCUGCUUCCUCCUAUUACCCGCCAGCCGGCGGCGGCUACGGCCGAGCGGCGCCCUGCGACUACGGGCCGGCGCCGCCCUUCUACCGCGAGAAGGAGUCGGCCUGCGCGCUCUCGGGCGCCGACGAGCCGUCCCCGUUCCACCCUGAGCCACGGAAGUCGGACUGCGCCCAGGACAAGAGCGUGUUCGGAGAGACGGAGGAGCAGAAAUGCUCUACGCCGGUCUACCCGUGGAUGCAGAGGAUGAAUUCGUGCAACAGAGUUGCAAAGUUUGCAAAGUCCCAGUCACACUCGGAGCCGGCGAAGCGCCAGGCCAGACCGCGGAUUUCCGAUCUGGGAAGGGAGCAGAGAACACAGUCACUGGCUUUGCUUUCCUUUGCACUCCCAAUCCUGGUCGGGUCCUCCACCCAAAGAUCUCUCCAUGAAAAAAUCGAGUUCCUCCUUUGGGCCCAGCGGCCGGCGAGGCCGCCAGACCUACACGCGCUACCAGACGCUGGAGCUGGAAAAGGAGUUUCACUACAAUCGCUACCUGACGCGGCGGCGGCGCAUCGAAAUCGCGCACGCCCUGUGCCUGACGGAGAGGCAGAUCAAGAUAUGGUUCCAGAACCGGCGCAUGAAGUGGAAAAAAGAGAGCAAACUGCUCAGCGCGUCUCAGCUCAGUGCGGAGGAAGAAGAAGAAAAACCAGCCGAGUGAAGGCGCUGGAAAGGGAGGGGGCGCGCGAAGGGAGAGGCCUGUGGGGAGCCAAGGGCGUCAGUGAGUCCGAGAGGAGGCUUUGCGGGCGGGGGAGCCCCGGACUUGCUCCCCAGAGCACGACAGGCGGGGCCCAGCCGGACGACCCCGCCCGCAGAGCUCUCGCUGGGGACACCAAGGCCAUGCCGCCCUAGCCCACCCAGCACCCCGCUCUUCCCCUCCCUCCUGGUGGAACCUUCUCGGCCGGAUCCUGCUCCACCGUGAGAACUGAGGACCUGACUCACUUGAUGUUUCCUGGAGGCAGAGCAAAAUGCUCUUGUCCGUGUCGUGUCUCAUUUCGCCCAUGUCCCCCCUGCACGGUUCAAUGGUAGAUUCGCGGUCCCGUCAGUGGGGGCCUCGAAGACUCCCUGACCCCAGCCAUGUCUCUCCCACACCCUCCCCAAAGCCACUGGAAGGAGCACAUACUACCUAGAAGUAAGAAGAGGAGCCUCAGAAGAAAACAAAGUUCUAUUUUAUUAAUUUUCUAUGUGUUGUGUUUGUAGUCUUGUCUUAGUUCUGGACGUGAAAUACUUCGGUAAAAUAUUAUUAAUAUUAUUAAUAACGAUAAUAAUAAUAAAGACGUGAAAACUC